CAACCAAAACAACAUUUGACAACAGUUACAUAUGGGUUAGCUUGUGCUCCUUUCUUAGCUUUACGCACUAUUCAGCAAUUAAUAAAGGAUGAAGGUUCACGUUUCCCAUUAGCUUCACCUUGCUUACAGAAGGGAAGAUAUGUAGAUGACCUCUUCGGAGGAGCAGACAACUUAGAGACGACCAAGGAUGUCGUUAACGAACUAAUAGAACUCUGUAUGGCGGGCGGUUUUAAGUUGCGAAAAUGGUCAACUAACCAUCCAGAAAUACUCAGCUCAAUUCCUAAAGAGGAUCAGAUUCCGUCAGUAUCUAUUGACAGAGACAAUAAUCCUAUUGUUCAAGCUCUCGGACUUCAGUGGCAACCAAUAGACGACGUAUUUCAAUUUACGUUUAUUUGUCAAAAUGAGGGGGAGAUUACUAAAAGAAAGGCACUCUCAACUCUUGCUAAGUUCUUUGACCCCCUUGGUUUCUUAUCACCGAUUAUUAUCAUCGCGAAAAUCCUUAUCCAAGAGUUGUGGGCAAUAAAACUAGGUUGGGACGAUCCAUUACCUUGUCAUUUCACAAGUAGAUGGCAUAAUUUUAUAAAAAAUCUUCAAGAUACCCCCCAGAUUACGAUCCCUCGGUGGAUAGGCUUUUCAGGCGAGAAUCGCAUCGAAGUACAUGGAUUCUCUGACGCCUCAAAAAAAGCAAUGGCUGCGGUUGUUUAUGUUCGAAUUACCACACCUGAAGGGAGUAUCAGUGCAAAUUUCGUAGCCUCUAAAACAAAAGUUGCACCUUUGAAACGCCUUACGAUUCCAAGACUUGAACUGUGUGGAGCAGUUUUGCUGACCAAACUAGUUUUCCAUCUUCUCACUGUACUGGAUUUAAAGAAUCAACCGAUCGUAAUGUGGACCGACUCAUUGAUCACUUAUACAUGGUUAAAUAAUCAUCCCUCCAGGUGGAAGGAGUUUGUUUAUAAUCGCGUUAGUUUUAUCCAAGAGAGUUUACCACAAGCUGAAUGGAAAUUUGUUCCUGGUCACGAAAACCCUGCAGAUGCAGCUACCAGAGGGCUCAUCCCCUCUCAACUAUUAAAUGAUACUUGUUGGUGGAACGGUCCGACUUGGCUGUCACAGUCAACUACAAUGUGGCCGCAACGUCCUGCCCCCCAUUCUCAGGAAAAGGAUUUAGAAGAACACACUAUCAAGGUACAUGCUGUUGUCAUUAAACCGAAAUCGGAAUGGGAUCUUCUGUCGAGAUACUCUAAUUUAACUAAAUUGUAUCGUAUCACCGCCACCUGCCAACGAGCCAUAUCCAGAUUUCGUAGGGUUCCACCGUCGGCAUUCAUGCCUACUCUUACCACUCAGGAGUUAGAAACAGCAAGGAACUUUUGGGUUAAGACUACGCAACGAAUGUUCUUUUCAAACGAAAUUCAAUCUCUCUCUAAUGGACAACCGAUCUCCCGAUCAAGUCAUAUCGUACGUCUUACGCCCUUUUUGGAUGCGUCCGGCUUAUUGAGAGUCGGAGGUCGUCUCCAACAAUCGCAUCUUUUUGAAACCGAAAAACACCCUCUGAUUUUGCCAAAGGAGUCAGCAUUAACCCCCCUCAUUAUCUCUCAUGCUCACAAUCAAACACUGCAUGGUGGCACUCAAGUCACGCUAUCCUAUAUUCGCAAAGAAUACUGGUUGAUAGGAGGUAGAGCCCCAGUUCGUUCAUGGAUUUUAAAAUGUAUGAAAUGUACACGAUUUCGACAAAAGAGAGCUCAACAGUUGAUGGGACAGCUUCCUACCGAACGAGUUACUCCCUCUCGUCCUUUUACACAUUCAGGCAUUGAUUAUGCUGGACCUUUUAUAAUAAAAACCUGGAAAGGAAAAAAUGCCCGUUCUUAUAAAGCAUAUGUAGCUCUCUUCGUAUGUUUUUCCACGUCAGCCGUACAUUUAGAACUCGUGACCGAUUAUUCAGCAGACGCAUUCAUCGCUGCCUAUAAGAGAUUCUCGGCUAGACGAGGAAUUUGUACUACUCUUUCGAGUGAUUGUGGCACCACGCUCACAGGAGCUAAUUCUGAAUUGCAACGUCUCUUUAAUCAAGUCACUCAAGAGUCCACCAAACUGGCAAGACUUCUUGCUAAUAAUGGUACUCAAUGGAAGUUUAACCCCCCUUCAGCCCCACAUUUUGGAGGAAAGUGGGAAGCCGGGAUCAAAUCGCUAAAAUACCAUCUUGUUCGUAUUGUUGGGAAUACCCUUCUUACCUACGAAGAAAUGAACACAUUGUUGACCCAAAUAGAGGCAGUCCUAAAUUCUCGCCCUUUAUGUCCACUAACAGAAGAUCCGGAUGAUCUUCAAACGCUCACUCCAGGACAUUUCCUAAUGGGUUGUGCACCAGUCACAAUUCCAGAACCUUCUCUCGAACUUGCUAAAGUUACUCAUUUAUCACGUUGGCAAUUGAUAACACAAAUGCUUCAAUCCUUUUGGACUAAAUGGUCUACCGAGUGUCUUCAGAGAUAUUAUGCCAUCUAUAAGUGGAACAAGCCUGCUCCUUCGCUAUCCGUAGGGAUGCUGGUUCUUAUUAUUGAUGAGCGUUACCCACCUUCAAAAUGGCCAUUAGGACGCAUCAUCGAAACCCAUCCUGGUAAAGAUGGUUAUAUAAGAGUGGUCACCGUCAAGACCCAGGUUUCAGUACUCAAAAGACCUAUAGCCAAAAUAUGUCCCUUACCCGUCAAUCAAGAAACACUUUAA